AUGGAGCCUACGCCUCUUUCUGCGGCGCUGCAGAUCUUCCGCAUUCGCGAACGCUUUGGAGACCUGUAUGUGGGGCCUCGGGCGGGGGCCCCGCCUACAGCUGGCGAUUGCGUCGAGACGCAAGACGAGGUUCUUUGUCUUGCGGAGCGGAUGGGCCGUUUUAGAUUUCCCGGUACUGUUGAGCGGCCCUUGCUUAAGAUGACCAACAUUCCAUGGGAGGUUUCCAGCGGCGACGUGCGAGCCUUUUUCCACGAAUAUGAAGUCGAGAUUGCGGGCAUCCAUAUCCCGAUCGACCGUGCUAGCGGAAAAACACGCAACGAAAUUUAUGUCGAGUUUUCCGAGUUCAGAGAGCUGGUGGAUGCGCUUGCGCGUGCUCAUCGCCAGCUGCUUAAAAGCAGAGAGGUUUUUCUUAUGCGCUCUUCGUGGAUUGAACUUCUCAAGGCGCAUUUUCCACGUGCAUGUAAGGAUGCGCUACUGACAACGGAGGAGGAGACCUCGCUUGCCACGAUUUGCCGCUACUACAAGGUAUUGAUGAGAAAUUUAAUGAUCAGGUGUGCUGAAAGACCCUUUGAGCAUGUAUAUAGUCUUGUGCGUUUGGCGCCAUGGGCUACCAUCUCCAAAAGUGCCUGCGCUCAGAUGCAUGCCGUAGUGCUUUCAACGGUGGAAGCCCUUCUUGGCCAUCUUUUCAAGAAACAGAAAUCCUCAUGCCCAUGCCAGCAGGCAACGAACAUGGCGCUUCAAAGCGGCUUAGAGAUUUCAUUGGCACAGCGAUUGCUAGAUCUGACUGUCCAGCGAGGACAAUGGGAUAGCGCGCAGCUGAAGAUGCUGGAAAAAAAGCAGCAAGAAGUAGCUAUGCUGGAGAGUCAACGAAUCCCAGAGACUUCCUGCUGCUCCAUUAUCGACCAGCUGCAGAAGAGGAUUUCUGCCUACCAAGAAAACUGCAAGUGCCAGAUUAACUGCGACAUGUGA